CUCUGCAUUUUCCGAUAUUAAAUAUUCAAGCCAAAUUGGCCAAAUUUGGAAUUCUGUUUCUGAGUUUGUAGCUGCAAUUAUGGAUUCAUUUAUCUUAAGAAGCCUACAGAUUGAUUUUUGCAGGUAACUGAGCCUUUGAAGUUAACAAAGAAAAAGAACCGGCGAAUCGGAAAUCUGCAUUAGUACUAUGGCAGAAGAAGAUGACAUAUAUACACAAGAUGGGACCAUUGAUAUCAAACGAAAGCCAGCCAACAAGAAAAAGACCGGAAAUUGGAAAGCUUGCUAUGCUGAAUUAUAUGCAUUUAUGGCAGGAAAUGAAUGUUGUGAAAGAUUGGCAUACUAUGGUAUGAGUACAAACCUGGUGAACUAUCUUGAGGAUCGUUUCAACCAGGGAAAUGCAACUGCUGCUAAAAGUGUCACAACCUGGUCUGGCACAUGCUACAUCACACCAUUGCUUGGAGCAUUUUUAGCUGAUUCAUACUUGGGAAGAUACUGGACAAUUGCCAGUUUCUCAACUAUCUAUGUCAUUGGAAUGGUACUUCUAACAUUUUCAGCUUCUGCACCUGGAUUAAAGCCAAUGUGUGAUGCUAAUGGCUGCCAUCCAACAUCAGCACAAACUGCAGCUUGCUUUAUAGCGCUCCAUUUGAUUGCUCUUGGAACUGGCGGUAUCAAACCAUGUGUCUCAUCUUUUGAUGCGGACCAAUUUGAUGAAGCAGAUGAGAAAGAAAGGAAAAGCAAGAGCUCUUUCUUCAACUGGUUUUACUUCUCAAUUAACAUUGGUGCGCUCGUUGCUUCAUCAGUAUUGGUUUGGAUACAGAUGAAUGUGGGAUGGCGAUGGGGUUUUGGAGUUCCUACUGUUGCAAUGGUCAUUGCAAUUGUGUUUUUCUUUAUCGGUAGCCGGCUCUACAGGCUUCAAAUACCCGGAGGAAGCCCCCUUACAAGGAUUUGUCAAGUCAUAGUUGCAGCAUGUAGGAAGUUUAAUGUUCAAGUGCCAGAGGACAAGUCUCUUCUUCAUGAAACUAUUGAUGUAGAGUCCGUCAUCAAAGGGAGCCGCAAGCUUGAUCACACAAACAACUUAAAGUGUUUGGAUAAGGCAGCAGUAGAGACUCAAUCUGACCGCAUGAAAGACAUGCCUAAUCCUUGGGGGCUCUGCACAGUUACACAAGUUGAGGAACUCAAAUCCAUAGUUCAUUUUCUUCCAGUUUGGGCAUCACUGAUUGCCUUCGCAACUGUAUACAGUCAAAUGAACACAAUGUUUGUUCUACAAGGUAACACAAUGGAUCAACACAUUGGACCUCACUUCAAAAUCCCCUCAGCAUCGCUCUCCCUUUUCGACACACUAAGUGUUAUAUUCUGGACUCCAGUCUAUGACCGCAUCAUUGUCCCGUUUGCAAGGAGGUUCACCGGCCAUGAGCAAGGAUUCACACAGCUCCAAAGAAUGGGAAUCGGCCUCGUCAUCUCCAUAGUUUCCAUGGUUAUUGCUGGAAUCUUAGAGGUUGUUCGCCUCGACAUGGUUCGGAGAAACAACUACUAUGAUCUUGAGAUCAUUCCCAUGUCAAUUUUCUGGCAAGUACCUCAGUAUUUUCUUGUUGGGUGUGCAGAGAUUUUUACCAACAUUGGCCAGCUUGAAUUAUUUUAUGGUCAGGCACCUGAUGCUAUGAGAAGUUUGUGUGUGGCUCUCUCACUCACAACUAAUGCCAUAGGAAAUUACAUAAGCACUCUGCUCGUUACCAUUGUGACAAAAGUUACCACAAGGGAUGGAAAACUUGGUUGGAUUCCAGAUAACCUGAAUAGAGGCCAUCUUGACUAUUUCUAUUGGCUCUUGUCCAUUCUCAGCCUUCUAAACUUCCACGUGUUUCUCUGGAUUGCAAAGAGGUAUAGGUACAAGAAAGUGGCAUGAAAUACUCAUUGAGAUAGUAGCUCAAGUGUUUCAUAGCUAUAUUUGUUUAAGAGUUCUUUUAGUUAGUUUUUAUCUUGUUGUUUGCAUCAUUAUCUGUAUAUAUAUUUGGCAGUUGUUUGGAUGGGUAGAUAAACAGGAAAAUAGGCUUGGAAGCUCUUAAAUGAGCUUAAUUUUAUUGAUUAUCUUAGGCGGGUAAGGGUCCUCAUGAUUUAAAAUAUAAAAUUUGUGCUAGCUGCUAAUUGCUUUUUAAGUUGUGUUUUGCAUUUAAAGUAAGUCAAUUAUCUUGACUUCAUUGUAGAAAUCUGCAUCUCUAUGUCUUUUGUUGUAAUAUAACCUUUUGAUUGCAAUCUCUCUGCCAUUUGCUAGAACUCUCUGCAAAUGGUGAGAUAACGGU